AUGGAUUUGAGCAGUCGCGACGACAUAACCGCGCUGCCCGUCACCCAUGCGCUCCACACCAGCCCUCACCUCAGACCCGCCCUGCGCAACGACACUGACAUACCCUACAACUUCCAACCAAAUGCUCACAUGCAACCUGGCUCACACACAAAUCUACAGCCUUCGGGCAGCCACCGGUCGAAGCUUCAGAAGCGCGCCUCCAAAGACGGUCCGCCGAGGAGAAAGUCAACCAAGAAACGCAAGGACGACCACGUCCGCGAGGAGGAGAUCCGAGCCAUGAGCGCCCCCAUUGCCAUCAAGCGACCGGCACCCCAGUCCGGCAAUAUGAUGCGCCGCGACAGCAAGAAGGUUCGCAGAGGUUUCAGCAGACAUUUUGACAACCGGCCAACCUCCGACGUCUCCUUGCCCGUGGCAGACUCAAUACAGUCGUCAAUGACGGGUAGCUCGGAAAUGCUAUCAACCUCAUACAAGGUCAGCGCGCUUGACGUCUUCGCUCCUAGACCCACUAUCCGCUAUUCGAGUAGCCCGCCCGUCUAUAACUGGCAGCACCAUGCUGCUGAACGUGCCAAUGACGUUUCCCGGUCCAAUUCGCAACGCCAAAAGAUCAGCAAGGAAGCUCUUAAGGAGAGCAAGACAAUAGACGAUUUGGCAGAUGACAUGGAUGCCGGGACAUUGAGGGAACUGAUGGAGAGGGACCAGAGGAGAAAAGAACGGAAAAGGAAAGCGGAUGAGGAACGCCUGCGCCGGAAGCUUGAGAAGAGAGCGGAAAAGCAGCGCCUAAAGGAGUUCAGCAGAGAGCAGGCGGCCGCUGCAAGAGCCGAUGCUGAGCUCGAUGCAGCGAUGGGACUUGGAAUUGAAGACAGGAGCUCUGGCAGAGAAGCGGUGCGGGAUGGCCACGUCCCGAAAAUUGACACCAGCACUCCCGCGAGACCGCCGCCAACACCCAUCGAAGCAACUUCGUCGCCUGUCAAGACGCCCGUCGAUGAUCCUGUCGUUGAUACUGCUCGGGCUGUUCGUUACUCGCAAGCCUCUCAGACUCUGUCCCCACCUACCUCGCCUGUUCACCAACAUGCCCGAGGCCCUUCGAACGUUUCAGAUCUUCCCGAGCUGACCCAGGAGGUCACUCCCUCUGCUAUUCAGCCAUCCACCAUUAGCCGGAACUCCUCGCUCAGCCGUAGAAGAAGUUCCGACGUCAGCAAACGCGGCGGCUGGUGGUCUACCUUCAAACGCCGUCCUUCAGCCCUGCUGAAGAGAAGGUCGGUCGAUCAAGCUACCAAUGUCACUGCGCCGUCGGACAUCUCAUUCUCCAACACCUCUAGAGAAUCUAUGGGCCGCCAGGCGCUACCUGCCCAUCUCGUGCACCCACCCGUCCGCAAGGCAUCUGGUACUCCCGUGCGCACCAUGUCAAAGUUUCGCGAGGAUCUGCCCGAGAGAAUGCCACUCUCGCCGCCUGAUUCAAGGGUGCAGUCCCCCGAAGUUGUUUCCGCCAAAGCUCUCGCUGCGCGCAGAGGUCUUUCUGAGACUCCUGAUACCCAUGAGCUUGAGGGGCCCACGUCUCUGGAAGAUGGCACAAACAAGCUUCGGACAGACUCGCCUAUCAACCCUACCGGGAGGGCUUCGGCACCCAUGUCUACCUCUCUCGCUUCAGUCGAUUCGGAAGGUUCGUGGCUCUCUGGCAAGCCCGCCAAGCGUGGCUCCAGGGUCAUGCGUAGCAGCUACGGCUCGUCUUUCAGAAAACCAAGAGAAGAUUGGAAUGCGUCCUACGAGGAGCUCGGAAUCCCGGAUGACGAGUACUUCCGUAGACUCACCCCCGGUCCUGAGGAAUCGUGGAAUGUACCGAACCAUGAGGUUCAACGCAGGGCGAGCAGCGUCGCUCUCGCAAACAACACCGACGCUGGAGCCGAAGAUGACGACGAAGAUGACGAGCCUAGCCCUGAGGAGACAGUCGUCCAUGACUCCAUCGUCAGGAAACCCACCGUUGUCCAUCGCCAGGCUCGGGCCAAGUCCGUUGAAGGUCUUCUCAGCUUCUUCCCCGACGAAGCAGAAGAUACCUCAGCUGGCGGUGAGGCAAUGGAAGGGGUUGUUCCUACAACGCCCGAUGAUGACAAGUCGGACAGCCCAGCGGGUCUCGACGAAAGUCCCGAAGCCACGGUACACCGUGCUUCGAGCGUCAACCUGUCCAAGGGACAUGUUCGGCAAUUCAGCGGCAGCAGCGCAAAGCUCCUGGACAUCAGGUCUAGUCGCAGCUCGAUCGAUGCGGCGAGGGUGAGUGCAAACUCGCACGCCUCUCCUGACCCUCAGUCGUAA